AUGGUUGGUGAAGGUUCAAGAGAAAAAAAGGUGUUCAAGAAAUGGAAGACGUGCAAGUAUUGGUUAGGUGGCAUUAUGAACGUGCGAAAUUAUGAGGUAAAAGCUAAGAGUAGUGCAACGGCACCUCAAAGGAUUAAUGGUAUUGGUAAGCAAGAAUUAGCUUCACACCUUAUGUUGGUGGAAAUUAGGCCCGAAGUGGCA